AUGGCAGCCUCCACCAAGUUCACUGCGCGAGCGGCCACACGCGAAGACGGGCCUUUCUUGGCCUGGGUGCUGCUUCAGGCCGGCCGCUCGCAGCACCCGCGUGGCCUCUUCGAGCGCGUCCUCGGGUCCAAGUACACCGAAGAGCAACUGCUCACCAUCCUCACCGACUUCAUCCUAGACGAGUCGCCAGAGGGGACGGGGUCGUUCACCCACUGGGGCGGCUGGUUCGUGGCGCAGACUGAAGACGGAACGCGAGCUGGCGGUCUCACCGGCUAUGCGUACAAGGAGAAGCCCAUGACCAACUUCUCCGCCCUCCUCACCACCGUGUUGGCCACCAAGUACGGGUGGGUCGAAGAAGACUUUGCCGGUCUGACGGAAGGGAUGGCGACGAUGACCACUUGUAUGGUCACUUUGGCCCAAUCGGACGAGUUCUGGGUUGUGGAGUUUGUCGCCACCAAGCCCGAGUUCCGUAGGCAAGGCGUCAACAACCUCCUCAUGGAGGCCGCCCUUUCCAAAGGUUGCAGGCAGCUGGGCUACACGAAGGCACAGAUCUCUGUGUUCAGCGACAACAUAGCUGCGAUCAAGGCGUAUGAGAAGGUGGGGUUUGCCGAGUAUAACACCGUCACCUCCCCCGCCUUCCUGCAAGUUGUCAACUCUCCCGGCGUGAUGAACAUGCGCACCGCACUUGAAUAA